GCUUGUUUGGCGACUCUCGAGGGCCACAGCGACUGGAUCAGGUCCGUGGCCUUCUCGCCCCACUCGCAGCGGCUCGCGUCCGGCUCCAACGAUCGAAUUGUCAAGAUGUGGGAUCCGAGGACGGGCGCCUGCACGGCGACACUCGAGGUCGGUAGAUCGAUACGAGAUCUUUUAUUCAGC